ACGCAGAAAUCUAAAACGUGCUCGCAAGUAUCACCUGUCCUCGUGCGAGGACUUAACGGAAUGAAUGGACACAACGGGUUACCAGGCCGCGACGGCCAAGAUGGUGCUAAAGGUGAGAAGGGCGCGGCAGGUCCCCCUGGACCACGGGGUAUAAAGGGCGUGGCAGGUACCCCUGGAUCACGUGGUAUAAAGGGCGUGGCAGGUCCCCCUGGACCACGGGGUAUAAAGGGCGUGACAGGUACCCCUGGAUCACGUGGUAUAAAAGGCAUGGCAGGUACCCCUGGAUCACGUGGUAUAAAAGGCGUGGCAGGUACCCCUGGAUCACGUGGUAUAAAAGAAAUGGGACCAAGUGGAAAAAACGCUGAUCGCGGGAACUGGAAACAAUGUGUGUGGAAGAACGCUAAUGGCCGUGACAUUGGUUUGAUCAAGGUUCGUUAAUUAAUUUAUCCGCGAUCAAAGCUAUAGUUCAGUUGGCAUGAACACUCGCCAUCUCAAAAUAUCAUCCCGGGCUCUGUGCUUGUUUGACGAUCAGCCCACUUUUUUAGUUAUUGCUAAACGUUGUCCAGUGUUAUUUCCUUAUGAAAGAACGUAGAGAACGGCACGUUCUAAAGGCCGCGCAAAAAGCUAUAUACUGUCAUGAUUGGCCCAGAAACCUUCAGCUUGAGCAUGUAAGACAUGCUAGAAAUUUACGGUUAUCAAGUACCAUAAAUAUAGUUAUUCCCCACGCCUCGGACACUUUUCAGUAUAGUGCGGCAGCCCUCUUCAAUUCUCUGCCAUCCAAUGUUAAAUGUUGUGAUAAUUUUAAAUCCUUCAGUAAGCAAACAUUAUGUAUUUUAAGGGAGCGCUGCCGGAAUAAGGCGGAAUGAUUUCUUGCCUAGUUUUAGAUAAUGUAUGUAUAUAUUGUAUAAUUACAUUUAACUAUUUAUUACCUAGCUUUUUACAAAUUCAUAAUUCAGAUUUAUGUUAAUUUCCUCAUUUUACUUUUAUAUCAGUCGAACAACCAUACCAUGGAUGUACUGAUAUUUAACUGUUAUUAUUAUUAUCAUUAUUAUUAUUAUUAAAAAAAAAUAGGUUAUUCAAACGGAAUAUAGGGUAUAAAUAAUGGGCUCGUGAUAAUGACAUUUUCAGUUAAAAUAUUUGUUCAGUGUUUAUUUGUUGUUGCAGGAUUGUCAGUUCACUAAAAUCAAGGAUGACACUGCCCUCCAUGUUACUUUUCAAGGAAACCUGUAUUUGGGACGGUGUAGUCACUGCUGCAAGAGAUGGUUCAUCACUUUCAAUGGAGCUGAGUGCAGUGGUCCCCUGCCUAUUGACGCAGUGCAAUUUAUCAGACAUAGUCCGCAAAACAACCACAGACCCGCGUCCAUUGAGGGCUACUGUAACAACAUACACAAGGGCAAAAUCCGAGUUGGAAUCAACAUCGGAAAUUGUUCAGGAUUUGGAAACUCCGAUGGUUACACAGGCUGGAAUUCAGUGUCUCGUUUGAUCAUUGAAGAAGUUCCUCGGUCCCAGUGA